GCCAUGAAGAAGCAGUUCAACCGCAUGAAGCAGCUCGCCAACCAGACCGUGGGCAGGGCUGAGAAAACUGAGGUGCUGAGCGAAGAUCUCUUGCAGAUCGAGAGACGCCUGGACACAGUGCGGUCUGUGUGUCAUAUUUCACAGAAGCGAUUAAUCGCGUGUUUUCAGGGCCAGCAUGGCACAGAUGCUGAUAAGAGACAUAAAAAGCUUCCUCUGACAGCUCUUGCUCAGAACAUGCAGGAAGGAUCUGUCCAGCUAAGUGAUGAAACUCUGCUGGGGAAAAUGCUUGAUACCUGUGGUGAAGCCGAGAAUAAAUUGGCAAUGGAACUUUCUCAGCAUGAAGUACAGAUCGAAAAAGAGAUUUUGGAUCCACUGAAUCAACUGACAGAGUCAGAGAUCCCUAACAUUCAGAAGCAGAGGAAGCAGCUUGCCAAGCUGGUGCUGGACUGGGAUUCAGCAAGAGCAAGGUAUAACCAAGCCCACAAGACUUCAGGAACAAAUUUUCAGGUGCAUCCUUCAAAAAUAGAAUCUCUCAAGGAAGAGAUGGAUGAAGCUGGAAAUAAAGUAGAACAAUGCAAGGAUCAACUAGCAGCAGACAUGUAUAACUUUGUGUCCAAAGAGGGGGAAUAUGCUAAAUUCUUUGUUAUGUUAUUAGAAGCACAAGCAGAUUACCAUAGAAAAGCAUUAGCAGUCUUAGAAAAGGUCCUCCCUGAAAUUCAAGCCCACCAAGACAAAUGGACUGAAAAACCAGCUUUUGGAACACCUUUGGAAGAACAUCUCAAACGCAGCGGUCGUGAAAUUGCAGUCCCCAUCGAAGCCUGUGUAAUGAUGCUUUUGGAAACAGGAAUGAAGGAGGAGGGCUUAUUCAGAAUCGCUGCUGGAGCCUCCAAAUUAAAAAAACUGAAAGCUGCCUUGGACUGUUCAGCUUCCCAGCUUGAUGAGUUUUAUUCCGACCCUCACGCUGUUGCAGGUGCCUUAAAAUCCUAUUUGCGAGAGCUGCCAGAACCUUUAAUGACGUACGGUUUAUAUGAAGAAUGGACGCAGGCUGCAAAUAUUCAGGACCAGGAUAAGAAGCUCCAGGAACUGUGGAAAAUUUGUAACAGAUUGCCCAAGCAUUAUCAUGCUAAUUUCAGGUAUUUAAUCAAAUUUUUAGCAAAGCUUGCGCAAAACAGUGAUGUUAACAAAAUGACACCCAGCAAUGUUGCAAUAGUCCUGGGUCCCAACUUACUAUGGGCAAAGAACGAAGGAUCCCUUGCUGAAAUGGCAGCUGCAACUUCAGUCCAUGUGGUAGCAAUUAUUGAGCCAAUUAUUCAGCAUGCAGACUGGUUCUUCCCUGGAGAACAAGAUUUCAAUGUGUCUGGGGCGUUUGUUGCAGUUCCUGCUGUUAAUUCAAAUCAUUUGUCACACACUGGGAAUGAAUAUGAUUCAGGGACACUGGAACGGAAGAGGCCUGUUAGUAUGGCUGUUAUGGAAGGGGAUUUGUUGAAGAAGGAAAGCUUUGGUGUGAAGGUUAUGGAGUUCCCGGCGACGCCGCGGCGAGGUGGCACGGUAGCUAGAAAGCACACGUCACCCGCGUGCCAGCCGCCGCUGCCGCCCACCGAGCCCGGCGCCGCCGAGCAGCACGCGGCCGACAGCGGCCCCGCGGGCGCUGCUGCCGCCGCAGCAGAUCCCUGCCAGAGCCCGGGCCACGAGGAUGCCAGUAACUCAAAACCUAAGGACACUGUGUCUUCAGCUACUCCUCCACCCCCGAGAAAUGGUGGACAUGCAGGCACUGUCCAGAAUCAAUCAACAAGUAGCUCUAAUCAGCUUUCUGUUAAUCAGCCACAGAAUGCAGCAGGUCCCAGCCCCCACUCAAUGAGGCGAGCUGUUAAGAAGCCGGCCCCGGCGCCCCCCAAGCCAGCCAACCCGCCCCCAGGGCAGCCGGGGAGCACGAGUCCUGCCGCUGCUGCUCAGCCGCCUUCUGUCUCUCCAAAGCCACCCGCCAGAAGUUCUUCUCCUCCUGGUCAACAUGCGAACCAAGGAGCAGUCCCGGCCUCCUCUUGCCAGGUCUCUGCACCUCGGAGAUACUCCAGCAGCGUUUCCCCCAUACAGGCUCCCAGCCACCCACCACCACAGCCCCCGACACAGGCUACUCCUCCCCUGCAGCCCAAGGCAAACAGUCAAGCAUGUCCCGCUGCUGCGGGCAGCGGUGAGCACGGACCAGAGCAGCCCUGUUACACUCCUCCGCAGACUCCAACACCGCCUGAUACUCCCCCUCUAGCAAAACACAAUAUUAGUUCCCCCCUGUCACAGCCAUCUGCUCAAGAGACAUCCCAGUCUCACUCUCCUCCUCACACUGGUACCCUGCCAAGGCCACGGCCGGUACCAAAGCCCAGGAACAGACCUAGUGUUCCCCCUCCGCCUCAUCCUCCCGCUCCGCACCCGCCUGCCGAUGGUGGAGUUACGAACCCCACACAAACGGCUUCCAAAAUAGUGACAGACUCCAAUUCCAGUGUUCAAGAACCACUUCAAAAUCCUUCUUCAGAGCUUCUUACAGAGACAGCCAGCAAAGAACUGCACAACCACCUCCUCCUAGAUAUUGACAAUGAUACAGAAAGCACUGCUCUGUAAAGUGAACUCGAAAGCUUGUCAGCUUCCUCUCCUGGUGGAAAACUAACAGACGUAACGGUGAAAAGCUUCUUUUGACGAUAUGGCCAAACUGUGCAGGGUUUUGACUUGUGCACACUGAGAAAGUGACUUAGCCAUUCAGAAGAAGUUUAAUGAUCUGUGUCUGAACAAGGGUUUUCAGAAUCCUGAAUGGAAAAAAAUUGAUUACUGCAGAAACUUGCAUAGGAAGCAUAAUAGCUGCUCAUACCACUGGUGUUAGCAGAAAUUCCAACAUGAGAAGCAGCAGAACGUUAGUUAUUUAAAGUGCAUGUAUUAUGGAAAUAAUCUUCUUAAUGUCACGGUUAGACUUUUAUUUCUAGUUCUUAGGCAUUACAAGGAGAUGCCUUGCGAGAGACAUUCCCUCACUGAUUUGCUGCAGAUACUCGUUCAAAUAUGAACCAAAAAUAUGCCAGAGUGCUGUUGGUGACUGCUGGUUAUCAGUCACCUGUCAAAACUGUGGAUGUAUUUUAGUGCCUUGAAGGACUGUCAUACUGUAGAAGGAAACUUACUGUAUCUUUAACCAUUUCAUUGCUCCUUAAUGAUCCGUACUUAAUCCUUAUUUCAUAGUUAUUUGUAUUAACCAAACCUGCUUUUUGUUUAUGUGAAACCUGCAACUGUUUCAAGGUAAAACUGUGGAAGUGUUUUUGAUUUUAUUGAAAAUGGUUGACUUUUGAAAGUUCUUUCAAAACUUUGAAGGACUUUGGACAUCUCUUUGGA